UUUCAUCCAAUCAGAGUAGACUUCACUCCUGCACCCAAUAUUCAAAAGUGUUAGCUGUUGACGUUAGCUGUCCGUUGUGCUAACUUCGUUAGUAUCGUGAAGGAGCUUCUAACUUCUUUGUUUGUUUGUUUGUUUUUUCAAAAUAUGCAGCUCAUGCAAGAGGAUUUAAAAAUGUACUUUUACGAGAACAGGAAAGCUACUUAUUCCGGGUGGCCGUUUGACGAGGACUGCGCCUGCACGUCGGAAAAUAUGGCUAAAGCUGGUUUUAUCCACACACCGACUGAGAACAGUCCUGAUGUGGCCCAGUGCUUCUUCUGCUACAAAGAGCUGGAGGGCUGGGAGCCUGACGAUGAUCCUCUCAAGGAGCACAAGUCUCACUCUCCAGCAUGCAAUUUCAUCCUGCUGAAACAUGCGGUGGAGGAGCUCACAGUAGAGGAGAUGCUGAAGCUGCAGAAAGAGAGGCAGAAGUUCUACAUUAAAAAGUUCUGCAAACAAGCCAUUGAAAAGUUUGAAGAAGCAGCAAAACUGAGAAGAGGAGACAUCAUCAAACUAGCCAUGGACAGCUAAAUGACGUUUCUGUGACUUUCCUAUUAACAUGUUUUCCUGAGUACUUUUCAUAUUGGUCCACUGAAAUAUCAAGUAGAUCAGACACAGAGAGUUUUCAGCACAUUUUCCUUCGUGACCAUCGACCUUGACUGGCUUCAGUUCCAAAAACGAACACACCCCAUAGUAUACACUGUGUUUUCUGUGCAAGGCUUCAGACAUGGAAAUGCAAAACGAUUUGCGAUUUUCAUUUGAAUUUUGCUGCACCGUGGAAGUGAAAUGCUAAACUAUGUAACUGCUAUUUCGAAGGUCAUAACUUGUCGGACACGGGCAAUUGCAAAUGGCCUUUGUGUUUCCAUUUGAAAUUUGGCAGACUAUGUUGGUCCAUGUAACCAAAAAAUGCAAAAAUACAGAAUUUUCAUGUUUGUUUAAAAUAUGACACAAUUUCAGUUUUAAAUAUUUACUUGAAAAUACUUCCUUUUGUUGUCAGUCAAGGUCGUGGUCCAAAGCUAACAUUAUUCUUUACAACUUCUUUUAAUGCAGUUUUAUAUUAAAAUCCCCAUCAUCACAGAGGUGGACUUAUAAAAUUUGGCUGUAUGUAUAAAACGACUAGAUACUCUAAUUGGAGCUGAACAACCCUUUGAAUUCGGUUAAGUUUUAAUGUGUUGUCUAUUGAUAGUCUAUAUAACUCCAUUUUUCCAUGUUUCUCUAGGUCAGUAAUACAGCUAUUACACCAUUAUGAUUUUGUUCUGCUGUACCAAUUACAGGUUUUGUUUAUAACUAAAUACAAUUAUAAAUAAAUAAAUAAUAGGCUUUUAAGAUUUGCACUACUUAUUUUUUUGUUUGUUUUGUAUUCUUUUUAUGUGAUUGCUCUUUGUGCUUUGCAGCAGUGUACUUUUUGUAUGUUUUUUUUUUUUUUUUUUUUUAAACCCUUUUUGUUUUUAUACUUUAUGGCUCUCUAUACUUUCAGGCUUUAGGCUACUAGAACUACUAGAAUUUGAUUUAGACAGUCAUCUUUGCAGACGUUGGCCAUUAAUAAAACUGCAAUGCAUGAAAUAAGAUAUUGUUGUACCAGAAAUGUAUAUAACCAUUAAUGUAGUCAGUGCAUGUGAAAUAAAGAAGCAUUAUGUGUAUCUCCUA